CCGGAAGUGUCUCUUACGCUCUAUCCUCGGUGUCAUGAAUGAGGUGGUGCUACCUUUGCUACAGAGCCUCAGUAUCAGAGUUAAAGGUAGUGCAGAAAAGUUGAGAAAGAAGCCCUGAUGCUGUGAGUUAGUCAGUCGAGCGCAGGUUUGUCCAGGUUAAAGGCGUUUGAUAUUUCUUGUUAGGGGACGGAGGAUCCUGAACUCUGCUGUUUCUUCAGACCCAUCUGAGAGGGGAGCUCACCACAGACUGUAUAAAUAAGGAGCUAACGCAAUCUGCACAUUCCUGAAGUUGACUGUCGAGUUGGCAAAGAUGUUCCAGAUAAAGAGGAUCUGCUGUAUUGGUGCUGGGUAUGUCGGGGGCCCAACUUGUAGUGUGAUCGCCCACAUGUGUCCAGAGAUCACCGUGACCGUAGUGGAUGUCAAUGAGUCUCGCAUCAAAGCCUGGAACUCAGACACUCUGCCCAUAUAUGAGCCGGGUCUGAAAGAAGUGGUUGAAUCAUGCAGAGGGAGAAAUUUGUUUUUCUCUACAGACAUAGACUCAGCCAUCCGGGAUGCAGACCUCGUCUUUAUCUCCGUGAACACUCCAACAAAGACCUAUGGGAUGGGAAAGGGUCGUGCAGCUGACCUUAAAUUCAUUGAGGCGUGUGCUCGGCGAAUUGUUGAAGUGUCUGACGGCUACAAGAUCGUCACAGAGAAGAGCACAGUCCCCGUCCGAGCGGCUGAGAGCAUUAGACGGAUAUUUGAUGCCAACACGAAACCCAGCCUCAACUUACAAGUGCUGUCCAACCCAGAGUUCCUUGCAGAAGGAACAGCAGUGAAGGACCUGAAGGAACCGGACCGUGUCCUGAUCGGUGGAGAUGAAACUGCAGAAGGUCAGAGAGCGAUCAAGGCACUGUGUGCGGUCUACGAACACUGGGUCCCCAAAUCACGAAUCAUCACCACCAACACAUGGUCAUCUGAGCUGUCUAACUGGUGAGCUGCCAAUGCAUUCCUGGCACAGCGUAUCAGCAGCAUCAACAGCAUCAGCGCUCUGUGCGAGGCCACCGGCGCUGACGUGGAGGAGGUAGCGAAGGCGAUUGGUAUGGACCAGAGAAUAGGCAGCAAGUUUCUCAAAGCCAGCGUGGGUUUUGGUGGGAGCUGUUUCCAGAAGGACGUGCUGAACUUGGUGUACCUGUGUGAGGCCCUCAACCUGCCUGAAGUAGCCUCCUACUGGCAGCAGGUGAUAGACAUGAAUGAGUACCAGAGGCGGCGGUUCGCCUGUCGGAUUAUUGACUGCCUCUUCAACACUGUCACUGGUAAAAAGAUCGCUCUGCUGGGCUUCUCCUUCAAAAAAGACACAGGUGACACAAGGGAGUCAUCCAGUAUCUACAUCUCUAAGUAUCUGAUGGAUGAAGGGGCCAAGCUUUUUAUCUACGACCCCAAGGUGCUUAAAGAACAGAUCAUUCAUGACCUGUCCCAGCCCAACAUCUCAGAGGACAAUCCAGAAAGAGUAUCUGAGCUAGUGACUGUGACCUCUGACCCCUAUGAGGCGUGCCAAAGUGCCCAUGCCUUGGUCAUCUGCACUGAGUGGGACAUGUUUAAGGAGCUGGAUUAUGAGAAGAUUUACAAGAAGAUGCUGAAGCCAGCCUUCUUAUUUGAUGGUCGCAGAGUGCUGGAUCACCUCCAUGCUCACCUUCAGAACAUCGGCUUUCAGAUCGAGACCAUCGGUAAGAAAGUGACAGCAAGCAGAAUCCCUUACACUCCAGCGGGCGUUGCUCCUCGCAUAGCUGUCAUCGAACCUCCCACUAAGAAAGCCAAAGUCUAAACCUCCCUUCAUCUGCCUCAAUCACAUGACAAGCAACGCAUUCCUCUCUCUGCCUUUUUACUGCUGGUGAAACAUUUCAUUUAGGCCUGAAUGCUCUGCUGCUCGGUUACGCCUAUUAUCCAGACAGUGCGAUCAGCUGCUCGCUGCAGGAGGUCAGAGGAGAGGAAGAAGUCGAGCAGUCAGUCCAAAAUUGUGUGAAUGUGAUUCAUGGAUGUGUAUGAGUCUUUGGAUGAAGUCUGGUGAUGAUAAAAUAGGAACAAUUAAUUUUUACAAGUUUCAUGUCCAGUAGCAUUUCAUGCAGGUAAAUAUGAUGCUGUCUGUUUUAGUCCAUUUUAUAUGAAAACUAUUCAAGUGAGUCUUCUUUCUUACAGUAUUUACUAUAUAAUCAAGUAUUGCUAAAUUUUAUACUGUUUUUUAAAAUAUUUUUAAAAAUCAUCUUACUAUAUGUUAAUUAGUAUUUUUCCUUUAUAUUAUUGGCUGUCCCCUGAAAAUGCCAAUGCAUUAAAAAAUGAUGAGUAUUUUCAUUUGUAUCUGUUUAAUAACAUAAAACAAAAGUUGCACACAGA